AUGGAAAGAAUGAUUCAUUCGUUAAAGAGCAAUGCUCUAGCGACUGCACAAUUCUUAACACCAGUACUCAAAGAGUCAAAAUUUCGUGAGACGGGGGUGAUCACUCCGGAAGAAUUUGUUGCUGCUGGUGAUUACCUUGUCCAUCAAUGUCCAACAUGGCAAUGGACAUCGGGCGAAGAGAGUAAAAUGAAGUCUUAUUUACCGCGAGAAAAACAAUUUCUAAUUACACGUAAUGUUCCAUGUUACCGACGUUGUAAACACAUGGAAUAUGUUGAAGAGAAUGAAACUAUAGUAGAAGAGGAUAGUGAAAUUGGUGGUUGGAUCGAUACACAUCAUAAUGUCCAAUUGGGCGAUACGUUGGGAGCCACUGCAGCCAAUGAUGCUCCCCUUUCUGCCUUACAAGAUCAAAUAGUCAAUAUAUCCCGUGAUGGACCUGAUGGAAAUACAAAUAAUGACGAUGGUGAUGAUGAUGAUGAUGAUGAAGAAGCGGAAGAUAUGGAAGCUUUCGAAGAGAGCGGAUUGUUAGAUGAUGAUAAUGCUACUUUGGUCACUAAAGAUUCUACAGAGUUAAACGCUAGCGCCAUUGAUGGUGCUGCAGCGGAUGGAGGUAUUUUACAAACGCGAACUUACGAUUUGCAUAUAACCUACGAUAAAUAUUAUCAGACACCACGUUUGUGGUUGUUUGGUUACGAUGAGCAUCGUCAACCAUUGAAGGUAGAAGAAAUGUAUGAAGAUUUUAGUCAAGAUCACGCCAAAAAAACCAUUACCAUGGAAAGUCAUCCUCAUCUACUGAAUUCUACAAUGGCAUCUGUACACCCUUGUCGUCAUGCUGAGGUUAUGAAAAAAAUUAUACAAACAGUGCAAGAUGGUGGCCAUGAACUCGGUGUUCAUGUGUAUCUAGUUAUAUUUUUGAAAUUUGUUCAAGCUGUUAUUCCUACCAUCGAAUAUGAUUAUACUCGGCAAUUUACUAUGUAG